CUCGCGCUGUCUCUCCUGAGGGAAGCGAAGCAAUGGCGGCGGCGGCGGCGCGGCGGUGUCUGUGGGGCUCUCUCCUCCCCUUGCUGCUGACUGCGGGCGCGGGGCGAAGCGAGGCCGACUGUGAAGUAUGCAUUGGAUUCCUGGAUAAAUUCUACAAAUAUUUGCAAGCCCAAGAUGUAGAAUUCACACCAGAAUACAUCGAAACAGAAUUAAUACUAAUGUGCGAGAAUACCAGAGGAAAGGAAAACCGCCUGUGUUAUUACAUUGGAGGAACAAGUGAUGCAGCGACCAGAAUUAUCAAUGAAGUCGUCCGUCCUCUGAGUGCCCACGUGCCGGUUACUAACAUUUGUGAAAAACUGAAGAAGAAAGACUCUCAGAUUUGUGAACUCAGAUAUGAUAAGGUGUUGGAUCUGACCAGGGCUAAGCUCUCAACAAUGCGAGUGGCUGAUCUGAAAAGGAUCCUGGAUAACUGGAGCGAGGUGUGCCGGGCUUGUGCGGAGAAAAGCGAAUUUGUCGAUUUAAUCUUGGCAUUGGCACCCAAGUACAGCUCUGACUUCAUAGAUCCCAAAGAUGAUCUAUAAACAGCGCACACCUAGGUUUCUAAUAAAAUCAAUUAAUAAUAAAUCAAAUUAAAGUAUUUAUUUAGAAAGGCCAGUUGGAAGCUAUAAUUUAUUUUCGAUCUGUAUAUGCCAUGCAUAGCAUGCUACAAAAAUAAAUUUGCUACAUAUUUUACCAGUA